UGUUUGAUGAGAAGCGCUCGCGCUCUGAGUCAUAGUUACGGGGCAAGUCCAGCCCGCGCGCCUCCCGCCCGCGGUGUUUACUCUGAUCUGCUGCAGGACCAGCAGCAGCUCGGUCGUAGGAGCAGCAGGCGGACCGGACGGACCCGGACCCGAACCCGAACCCGGCGCCGCCAGAGCGUGGCUGAGUUCAUGAGAGGGCGGAAGAGCGCGCAGUCUACAUGGGGACCCUUCAGCUUUCCGUUUUUUGGUGGGGGGCGGUUCUGGUCGGCAGUUUUCUGCUCCCGGAGGCGGAGAGCUAUUUUUUAAUUAAACUAAGGGCUCUGUGCAAGUUUUGUGACGUGGAGGCCACCAGCUGCAUGGGAGAGGGAAUGUGCAAGGUGGAAUGUAACAAAACGGCCAUCUGUGAACAUGAAGAGGACGUGUGUGUCACCAUUUGGAGGAAGAAAGAUGACAACGUUACUUUGGAGACGUUGUGCCAUGACCCUGCUAAGAAACUCUACGGCCUGACUCUGCACGAUUACAAAGGCAAACGAUGCGAGAUGAAAGCAGUUUCCGGCAUGAACUCCGACUUCUUCAUCUGUUCCUGCUCGGAGGAAGAGUGCAACAUGGACGUCUUUUUCACCACAAACUUCUCCCCGGACCACCACGUGGUGGCUGUGGUCCUGGUUAGCCUGAUGCCUCUUCUGGUCAUGGCCGUCCUCGUCGUCGCCUCCUUCUACUGUUACCGCGUCUUCCGCAAGCACCAAGCACACCACGGGUGCAAGAAGUGUUCUCCCCUGGACUGCAGCGAUGCCCGUCCCAUCGUGUUAGACAACGAGGGUUCGGACAGCAGCUCCACGCUCGCCAACAACCUCAACCACAACAUGGAGCUGCUGCCCAUCGAGCUGGACGUCCUCGUCGGGAAGGGCCGCUUUGCUGAGGUUUACAAAGCCAAGCUGAAGCAAGGCUCGUCCGUGCGGGAAGAGCAAGGCUUUGAGACGGUCGCCAUCAAGAUCUUCCCGUGCGACGAGUACGCCUCUUGGAAGAACGAGAAGGACAUCUUCUCGGACGCAGAUCUGAGGCAUGAAAACGUGCUUCACUUCCUGACAGCGGAGGAAAGGAAAGUGCAGAGACAGUACUGGCUCAUCACAGCUUACCAUCCGCUUGGAAACCUCCAGGAGUACCUGGUCCGUCACGUCAUCAGCUGGCACGACCUUCUGAUAAUGGGGAGCUCGCUGUCGUGGGGAGUGGCACACCUCCACAGCGACCAGACGACCUGCGGCCGCCCCAAGGUGCCCAUCGCCCAUAGAGACAUUAAGAGCUCCAACAUCCUUUUGAAAAAGGACUUGACCUGCUGCAUCUGCGACUUCGGCCUCGCUCUUCGGCUGGACAACUCCCUGUCCGUGGACGAGUUGGCCAACAGUGGGCAGGUGGGAACGGCCAGGUACAUGGCCCCCGAGGUGUUGGAGUCCAGGAUCAACCUGGAAAACAUCGAGUCCUUCAAACAAGCGGAUGUUUAUUCCAUGGCUCUGGUUCUGUGGGAGCUCAUCUCCAGAUGCAGCUCGAUCGGAGAGGUGAAAGAGUACGAGCCGCCGUUCGGGAACAUGGGGGAGCAUCCGUGUGUGGAGAGCAUGAAGGACAGUGUUCUGAGGGACAAAGGAAGACCUGAGAUCCCCAGCAGCUGGACCAGCCACACCGGCAUCCAGACGGUGUGCGCCUCCAUAGAGGAGUGCUGGGACCACGACCCGGAGGCCCGGCUCACGGCGCACUGCGUCGCCGAGCGCUUCAACGACAUCGAGUACCUGGACAAGCUGUCCGAGUGCUCCGACACGGAGGUGAAGAUCCCCGAGGACGAGAAGUGAGGGCGGGAACAACACUACCCCCAUGGGGGCACCCGAGGCAUUACAAACAAGCAGACGGGGGACGGCCAGAAUUCCAGUGGGCUGAUUGUUUGGUUGGGGGGGACGUGUAUCACACCGGAACAAACUGGAAGCUUAGGAGGAUCUCCCAGCGGAACCCGGAGGAUCAGGAUGAUGGACACACAAAGGGAAAUCAUGUUAUAAAGCUUUUUAACCAAAUGCUAUUUGCACUUUAUGAAUAUCGAUGCACACCAGUUUCUGUAUAGCCAUCGUCUUCUGUUUCCGCUCAGAGUUCAGGUUUUGGAAGUUUAAAAACAAUAAAAAAAAGUGUGCUUAUGUUUUUUACUGGGAUGCAGAAGGGAGCCGAGCAUCAAACGCCUUUAUAUCUGUGACGUGGCCCUCGCCGGAUGUUUAGAGGCUCGCUUUGGUCUGACAGGUUGUUGGUUGAAGGUUGAAGAACCGGCUCCAGAGAACCUGUGAGCUGAAAAAAGCAAAACCAGUUCAGGAGCUGCUGGGAAAUCGGACUAUAAAGGGCUGCAAACGGACAGAGGUCAGCCUGAAAGGAAACAGUAUACAAUAGUGUGUGUGUGUGUGUGCGUGUGUGUGGGUGUGUGUGUGUGUGUGUGUGGGUGUGGGUUUGUGUGUGUGGGUGUGUUUGUCAAUAGAGGACUCGCAUCUGUAACUAAAGUCUGGUUAGUGAAGCUAAAUGUUUAAACCCAUGUUCAAAAAGCCGAUUUUCAUGUUUUGGUUGUUUUUCAGAGCCACACGCUCUAAGAAAUGAUCUGCAGAAAUGUUUUUGUAUCAAAAUGUCAAUUCAAUAUUAAAAUCAUUACUUCUCUUUUA